GCCGAAAGGGGGCGACAGGCACCGCGCUGCUGCUUCUGUAAACAGAAGAAGCUCAACGCCACAACAACACGGCUGGCUAGUAGCGUUAGCUCCAAGAAGAGCGAACUGUAUUUUUUUUUCUACUAAUUGGGAACAUAUUAACAGGUACGCUGGAAUUUUCUGACACCCACUCGGACAUGUCCUAUGUCUUCAUCAACGACUCGUCGCAGACCAACGUGCCCCUGCUGCAGGCCUGCAUCGAUGGAGACCUGCCUUUCGCCAAGCGGCUCCUGGAGACGGGCUGCGACCCAAACAUCCGCGACAACCGGGGCCGCACCGGCCUGCACCUAGCCGCCGCCCGGGGGAACGUGGACAUAUGCCGCCUGCUGCACAAGUUCGGGGCCGAUCUGCUGGCGACUGAUUAUCAGGGAAACACGGCGCUCCACCUGUGUGGCCACGUGGACACGAUACAGUUCCUGGUCUCCAACGGGCUGAAGAUCGAUAUCUGUAACCACAACGGCUCAACCCCUCUGGUGCUGGCGAAGAGACGCGGCGUCAACAAGGACGCCAUACGUCUGCUGGAAGGACUGGAGGAGCAGGAGGUGAAGGGCUUCAACAGGGGACCCCACUCCAAGCUGGAGACCAUGCAGAUGGCCGACAGUGAGAGCGCGAUGGAGAGCCACUCCUUACUCAACCCCAACCUGCAGAGCAGCGAGGGCGUCCUGUCCAGCUUCCGGACCACCUGGCAGGAGUUUGUGGAGGACCUGGGCUUCUGGAGGGUGCUGCUGCUGCUGGUGGUCAUCGCCCUGCUCUCCCUGGGCAUCGCCUACUACGUCAGCGGGGUCCUGCCCUUCUCCAGCAGCCAGCUGGAGCUGGUGCACUGAGGGAGGGGGGGGGGGGGGGGUGGAAUAAGGUCUCCUCUGGGCGGUGUUUGCACCACUACAGAAUUGCUGAUUUGUGUUUUGUUUGCAGCACAGAUCUUUUUGCUGGGUCCAUCCAAACCGUGAGACGUCAUAAAGUAUUGUUGCGAGGAGUUAUUUGUAAAGCAAACAAAACGCUCUUUCUCUAUUAAUAAAGACAUCUUGCAAGCUUGAGGUGAUUAGCACCCGGCAGGUGUCCCUCACUAAGAAAAUGAUCUCCUUUUAAAUGAGUGCAAGUGAGAUAAUACGAUGCUCUUUUCUUUUAAAGCUGUUUCUUUUUCCUUUUUUAUUUUAUUCAUACUGUAUGUUUUGUUAUAAACUGUAUAUUUCCAAUGUUUUGUAUCUUUUUGGUCCAUUGUGUUAUUUAUCCGAUGUGUUCAUUUUACCAGGCACCCUCCCUUCCCUUUAUGGUUUUUGCAGCGUUGACUGACAUAACGGAGGAGGAGGAGCAUCGUGACAGUUUGACAGCAAGCGGCUGGUUGUAAACAUCAUAUUGAGGCCUGUGCUCAAACUGUAGCGGAUUAACAAUGUUUUGCUCUAUAUUCACUUUAUCUUAAUGGACUUGUCAUGUAGAAUUUGUGUUUGAUUUUAAUCAGCUACCCUUAUUGUCAGAUUUCUGAUUCAUCUGCUGAUUGGUGCAUUAAUAAAUAAUUACACAAUGUCA